UACAAAACUACUCUCUCUCCACUUCUCCUACAUCCUCAGAACUAUCCAUCGUAGCUAGUCCUCACUCUACGACCCCAAUACAGAGGAUCUUGAAGAGAAUACACAAGACUUGAGGAAAGAUCUUAACGCUCAAAUGCCAAUAACCAUCCCCUUCCCUCGAUCCACCAUCCCCACUUCAUCUUUACCCGAUUACCCACCAUCAUCUUCAUCCUCUUCCUCAGACUCGAUCGAUACAGACGAUACGAACGAUACAGAAGAUUAUGAAGCAGAACAAGCUGCUUUGAUACAAGAAGAAUGGGAAGAAUCUUUACGUCAAUUGGAGGUGGUGUUGAGUAUCAUCAUCAUGCCUUAUUUAGGUAAAUGGUAUGGUCGUCGAUUUGCUUAUUGGUUAUAUGGACGAUAUCAACAGACCGGCUGGACAUGGGCGUUUCUGGGAUUAUUAUGAAAUCAUAAGAGUACACCACUCCAUCUCAAAAACCUUCAUUCACUCUCAACCUCAAGCUUUCUUCGAAACAUUACUCAAUACAUGUGAUCGAUAGGAUACGAU